AUGUCUUUAGACGAUGUUUUAAUACGCUCUGAUGAUCCACACCACCCUGCAAACCUCAUCUGCACUCUCUGCAAGCAGUUUUUCCACAAUAACUGGUGUACUGGAACUGGCGGAGGUAUCUCAAUAAAGGACUCCGAGACAAAUCGUUACUAUCUCGCACCAUCCGGGGUGCAGAAGGAGCAAAUGACUCCUGAUGAUUUGUUUGUCAUGGACGCUCAGACUUUAGAGUAUUUGCGAGCUCCCGAACUGUAUAGGCCAAGCGCAUGCACCCCAUUGUUCUUAGCAUGCUAUCAAAAGAAAGAUGCAGGUGCCAUAAUACAUACGCAUUCCCAAAAUGCUGUAAUGUGCUCCUUGAUUUUUGGUGACGAGUUCAGAAUUGCUAACAUUGAACAGAUCAAGGCGCUUCCAAGUGGGGAGGUGGACCCUGUGACUGGGAAACCUAUAGCGUUAUCGUUUUUCGAUACGUUGAAGAUUCCCAUCAUUGAAAAUAUGGCGCAUGAAGAUGAGUUGAUUGAUGACUUGCACAAGACUUUUGCAGAGUAUCCGGAUACAUGCGCUGUGAUAGUGAGAAGACAUGGCAUUUUUGUCUGGGGCCCCACUAUCGAUAAGGUCAAGAUAUUCAACGAAGCCAUCGAUUAUUUGAUGGAACUGGCUAUAAAGAUGUACAAAAUGGGGAUUCCUCCCGACUGUGGCAUUGGAGAAGAAAAGAAGCACUUGGUGAGAGGGACCGAUGCUUGA